AUCACAACUCUACACAAUGAUUAGUAGCCUACUUUGACAAAGCUCCUGUUCUAUCAUCCCCAUUCACACCUCAUAUCAAAAUCUCAGUAACUGCCACAGAGCAAUCGAACCAUGUCUGACAAGAACAACAACAACAACACAUCGUCCAAGAGUUCGGAUGCCCCUGAGCAGCCGUCUCAAGCUGGCCCAUCUGGAUCACAUUCGCAGAAUACACAGCCACAGGGCAAUGUGCAGCCAACAACAAAUGGGACGAACAACACUCAAACAGCAGGAGGCAGGUUUGAGAAUCUACCCAUCAGGCCCGAUGGACCCCCAUGGAACCCACUCGAUCCGAGCCGGGCUCUCAAUCCAUCUGACACACCGACGGACCCAGCGGACCCAAGUUACCUCGACACCUCAGACGAUAGAGGUCCAAACAAUGGAGGAAGCUCAAGCGAUUGAAUGCCGAGAAGCGUUGGUCACGGACAUCGGGACGUGGAAUCUAAACACCAGGCGAGAAAUCGCGAUGAAGCCAAGCUGAGUUCAAUAUGGUCUAGAUUUGUAUGUAGUGACGCUUAGCAUCUCAUGGCACGACAUUCUUUGACAUGUCGAGGGUUUAGGAAAAGAUGGGAUUGUUGAGGAGGAUAUUGGAACGCUGAUGAUAUCGGAUUAUGGGUUGUUGUUGAUCAUCGAUCGACUUGGACCAAGAUCAGGCCAAGAUAGGAGAUGAUUUAUUAGUCCGAGACAUGUUUUAUCAAAUUCAUCCCGUUUCCGC